UAAAAAUUGAAGUUGAUAUUUAUGCAAACUAUCUAAACCGACCAUCAGUAUUUGAAGUUCAAGAUUUCUAUGCUAUUGUUGAGUAUUAUUUAACAUAUGAAUUUGAAGGAUCUAAAGCAAUGUUAGCCUAUAUUCAAUGGACAUCACCUGUUGAAGAAGAUAAUGUUGGUGUAAAAACAUUUAAGCGAUUAGGAACAUAUGUAUUUAUUGAUGCAUUAGCAAUUGACCACUGUGUUGGAUUUAUUGAGAUUGAAAAUUUAUUUUAUAUUGUAGACAAGGAAGUUGAUAAUGAACA